AUGGAACAACAAGAAGAAGCCCCUCCACCGCCACUUCCGCCACCACCCACCACCACAUCCUACCUCCUCGCACCCUCAUUGGACCCUCCUCGACAGCCUGAUCAAGUCCUUUCAUAUAUAGAUUGGGUCAACCUCCUUUCCUCUCCAAGUGGGCUCCAUAAUCCAUUAUUAUCAGAAGGUAUUUCUAUGGCAACAGAAAAUCUUAUGGCUGAAGACGACAUGAACAACAACAAGGUUAAAAGAAGAGCUGGUGGUCGGAAUGGAAAAUCGACCCGGCCUCGGUUCGCCUUUCAGACUAGGAGCGCCGAUGAUAUACUUGACGACGGGUUUCGUUGGAGAAAAUAUGGACAGAAAGCUGUAAAGAAUAGCAUAUAUCCCAGGAGCUACUAUCGGUGCACACACCACACAUGCAAUGUGAAGAAACAGGUGCAAAGGCUAUCCAAGGACACGAGCAUGGUCAUGACAACCUAUGAGGGAAUUCACAACCAUCCAACUGAGAAGCUAAUGGAAACUCUUAGUCCUCUUCUCAAGCAAAUGCAGUUCCUUUCUAGGUUCUAACCCCCUCUUGAUUUGAAGAACAAAAUCAACCACCACUCCCCCUUCUUGGCAUUUUUUAGUCGAAAAAUGUUAUAUGAACUUAAUUUACUGAUACGGUAAUCAUAUGUAUAAG